GAAUCCAUGUAACAUCUAUAGGUGGAAAAUAUCCCUGUCAUAUAUCUACUUUGAUGGAAAUCAGCAUCAAAUGACUGUUACUCAUUACAACUAUUACUUGUUGCUCAUUUUUGUUUCAUAUACUUGAAUGUGUUAAGGAUAAAGCCUUCUGGCAUUUAGUCAUCUAGGUUCUAUAUCAGUUAAGGAUUACUAGCAGAACGGAUUUAAUAUAAAAUACAUAUAUGCAUGUAUAUGACACAUAAAGAAUUCACAAGGUAGGCUUACAGUGGUCGCCUGCAGAGUCAAGUGGAAAAAUGCAAAAAGGCUGUCUGUGUGCUGGCAAUCCAAAGGAUUCAAUGAAAAGUUGAAGCCCUGGAGCUCACUGCAACCACAUGUGAGUCCGUAUCCGGAAGCCAAAGGGUCUGUGCUGGAAGCUGAAGAGUCUGCAUUGGAAGCCUGGAGAUGAACAUCCAAGGGUGAUGGUGAAUUCAUUAAGUCAAUCAUCCACAUACACCCAGAACUUUGCUAAACCAAUCUGCUAAGCAUUUCUUACUCAAGUUGACACCAUACUUAAAUAUCAUACAUCCAGAUGCCAUGCGAUGAGCAGCUUUCUUUUGCCCAAGCCCUUCUACCAUGCUGCCUAUCAUGCAAGGGCGGAAAUCUAUAAAAAUGUGAACCAAAAUAAACUACUACUCUUAAGUUAGAACUUCAGAGAAGACAUGGCGCCCAGAGAAGGGGAUACUAAGAGUACCAACAGAGUGCUAAGAAUAAGUCAGUUGGAUGCACUUGAACUAAACAAGGCCCUAGAGCAGCUAGUUUGGUCUCAGUUUGCUCAAUGCUUUCAUGGAUUUAAGCCAGGGCUGUUAGCUCGCUUUGAACCAGAAGUGAAAGCAUUCUUGUGGCUUUUCUUAUGGCGAUUCACCAUCUACUCCAAAAAUGCCACUGUGGGACAAUCAGUUUUGAAUAUUCAGUACAGAAACAAUUUUUCCCCAAACCCAAGAUAUCAUCCACCAAGUAAAAGUCAGAAACUCUGGUAUGCUGCAUGUACCAUUGGUGGGAGGUGGCUAGAAGAACGAUGCUAUGAUUUGUUUCGAAAUCAUCAUUUAGCAUCAUUUGGGAAAGUCAAACAAUGUGUGAAUUUCGUGUUUGGACUUUUGAAAUUAGGUGAAUUAGUUAAUUUUUUGAUUUUCCUUCAAAGAGGAAAGUUUGCAACUUUAACAGAACGUCUCCUAGGCAUUCAUUCUGUAUUUUGCACGCCUCAAAAUAUCCGUGAAGUUGGCUUUGAGUAUAUGAAUAGGGAACUCCUCUGGCAUGGUUUUGCUGAGUUUCUGAUUUUUCUCUUACCACUUAUCAAUAUCCAGAAAUUGAAAGCCAAAUUAUCUUCAUGGUGUAUCCCCCUUACUGGUGCACCAAAUAGUGACAGUACAUUAGCCACCAGGGGCAAAGAAUGUUCUCUGUGUGGAGAGUGGCCCACCAUGCCUCACACCAUAGGAUGUGAACACAUCUUUUGCUAUUACUGUGUGAAGAGUAGUUUCUUAUUUGACAUGUACUUUACUUGUCCUAAAUGUGGCACCGAGGUACAAAGUGUGCAGCCACUGAAAUCAGGAAUUGAGAUGUCAGAAGUGAAUACUCUUUAGAAACUAAAAUUGUUUCCUCUGAGGACAAAAUGUAUUUUCAAAUCCUCAAUAUUAAUCAUCCUUACAUUUAAAUGUCUUUCAUAAGGCACACACUUCUCAGCCACUAUCUUCAGUUCUUUUCUAGGCAAAAACUAAAUUCUAGUCACUGGAAAAUGUGAUUCUAAACAGAUUAUGUUAAUGUUCAUUUUUUCAAAAACUGCAUUCAAUUUUUAAUGUCAAGAAUAAUGGAAUGUUUUUUGUCAGAUGACUAUUAAGAAUCUUCCUUCAUUUUACUUCUUCAUAGAAAGCAUUUGGACUCUAAAAAUAAAGUAUUUUGGAGACUGAU